AUGAAGAAGAUGUGGUUUUUUCUAUCCGUUUUCUGUUUGAGCUUUUCAGGAAUAUCAUGCAAUUCACUUUUGGACGUUGCGAGAUAUGCCAUUCAUGAAUUCAAACUUCCGUUUUUCUCUGAUACAGAUGGUCACGCAUGUUUUUCAACCGACUCAUGGAUGACAACACCAACUGGGAAGAAACGAAUGGAUCAAGUUGCAAUUGGAGAUUUGGUCUUGACUGGCAAUUUGACCGCAACGUAUUACACUCCAAUUAUAUCAUGGAUGCAUCGCGAGCCGAACAACCGAUACAAUUUUGUUACGAUUAUGACGGAGUAUGGAAAGAUGUUGGCAGUUUCUGCGAAGCAUCUGGUGUACCGAAAUUUAUGUGAUGAGAAUUACGCGGAAUAUGUUAGAUAUCUCCCCAAAGGACGAGACGUUGUUUUUGCUGAAGAUCUGAAAAUUGGGGAUUGUCUUGUUCUUCUGUAUAAAGGAAAGUACCGACAACAGCGAGUUAUGAGGAUUUCCAUUACCGAAAGAAAGGGAAUAUUCGCCCCAAUAACAGAGAAUGGAAGAAUAAUUGUGAACGACAUUGUUGCAUCUGUGUAUAGCGGGAUCAAGCAUACUCGUUUACAAGGACAGUUCUAUGGAAACGUAGCUUAUUUUCAAAGUUGGAUGCGACUGUUCGGAGAAUCUGUAUUUAAUCAGGUAAGCGUUCCAAUUGGUUCAGCAUUGGCAUCUGAUUUGCUUCGUCUGGUUGUGCCAUGA